CGAGCCGCCUGCGCAGCUCGCAGAAGACCACCGCACGCAGAGCUCUUCGCCGCAGCCGUCGCCUCGACCUGCGAGCCGCUCGACAACUCGUCCUCCUCGACCCCACCUCGCGCUUCCACCAGCACCGAGCUCUCCAGCUCUCGCCGACCGUUCCAUGGGCAAGGCCAAGUCCGGCAAGAAGCAGGACAACAGCAAGGCGGCUGCAAAGGCCGCCAAGAAGGCCAAGCAGGAGUCCAAGGCGGCCAAGACCGACACGAAGCAGAUCAAGAAGAAGAAGGGCAAGGCGCAGGAGAAGGAGGAAGAGUGGGAGGAGGGCGACUUUCUGCGCUCGCUCGAGGAGCACCGCCAGAAGUGGGCCGAGGAGCACAAGGUCACCGAGGACAUUGUCGAAGGUCCGCCGUCUCGUCGAGCCAACGCAACGCUCACGGCGUCGCCCGUGUCGGACCACCUGUACCUGUUCGGCGGCGAGUACUACGACGGCCAACGUGUCGAGCUCUUUGCAGACCUGUACCGGUACGACCCGAGCAAGAACGAGUGGCGCCGGUUCACGUCGCCGACGCAGCCGAGUCCGAGGGCGGCACAUGCGGCGGCAGUCACGGUCGCAGGCGGCGGGCGGCUCUGGGUCCACGGCGGCGAGUACUCGGCGCCGAACCAGAACUCGUUCUACCACUACCACGACCUGUGGAGCUUCUCGUUCGACACCAACUCGUGGGAGCGCUGGGAGGUCAAGACGCGCCCGUCGGCUCGCUCGGGCCACCGCAUGGCCGUGUACAAGAACUUUAUCUUCCUGUUCGGCGGUUUCCAGGAUACCGGCGUCCGCACGACCUACCUGAACGACCUCUGGGCGUGGUCCUUGACCGACUACCGGUGGUACAAGGUCGAGUUCAGCGAGGUCGACCGCAAGCCGCCCGCAAGAAGCGGCUUUUCGUUCCUCCCGACGCCCGACGGCCUCGUCCUGCACGGCGGCUACACCAAGACGUACGAGAACCGGCGCACGACGGGCGUCGCGCUCAACGACACGUGGCAGCUCAAGAUCCCGCCCAUCAACGAGGACGGCGUGUGCGACUUCAAGAAGUUCAAGUGGGAGAAGCGCAAGAACCCGGGCUUGCCGCCAAGCCCGACUCGCUCUGGUUGCACGAUGGCGUACUGGGCCAACAAGCAGUUCGGCGUACUGUUCGGCGGCGUGAGCGACGACGACAAGGACGAGGAGACGCUCGACUCGACGUUCUACAACGAGCUGUACGGCUACAGCACGGCGGGCAACGGGCGAUGGGUCCGCCUCAUGCUCAAGCAGCGCAAGAAGAUGGGCGGCGGCGGCGGCGCGAGCAAGAAGAAGGAGAAGCGCAAGGCGGCGGCCGAGGCGGCCAAAGCGCUCGCGGCGGCGGCGGCCAAGGCCGAGGGCAAGGACGACGCGCCGAUGAAGGACCGCGACGAGGGCGAGGGCAGCGAGGGCGCGAGUGACGACGAGUACGACUCGAGCGACGACGACACGCCCAAGCCGUGGGAAAUCGCUCGCGCCCGUCGCGAGAUGGAGCUCGCCGCCGCCGCCGCCGGCAUCGGCUCGUCGUCGUCGGACGCCUCUCCCGGCGGGGACGAGUCGGGCGCCCCGGGCUCGUCGGCUGCCGCCGCCGCCGCCGCGUCGUUCGACCCCGACGACGACCCGGAAAAGACGGUCCCGGGCCCGCGGUACAACCCGAUGUGCGCCGUCCUGCGCAACACGCUCUACCUGUACGGCGGCAUCCUCGAGGCGGGCAACAAGGAGUACACGCUGUGCGACUUUCACACGCUCGACCUGUCGAAGAUGGACCGGUACACCUGCCUGCGCGAGGACCGCAUCGAUGCCGCCGAAUGGCAUGGGUCCGACUCGGAGAACGACGACGACAGCGACUCGGACGACGAGGAAGGGUCGCAAGCAGGAGAGGGUGACGAGGGUGAGCGCAUGGAGGAUGAGGAGGACGACGGCAUGGCGCCUGUCGAGGACGAGCCGAUGGAGGUCGAGAUCGACGAGUUGGUGCUCACCGAGGUCGAGGUUGCCGCGAAGAAGGCCGAGAAGAAGCGGCUCGAGCAAGAAGAGCUCACGAAGAAGGCGCAGGCCUUCAUGGGCGUCUCGACCGACGCCGCUCGGACCGCCGAGGACGUCCUCUCGACGCCGCAGCCCGGCGAGUCGCUCGCCGCCUUCUUUGCGCGGUCCAAGGACCUGUGGACAGCUAGGGCGCACGAGUCGAGCGCCGGUGCGCGUGGCAAGGAACUGCGUCGAGACGGUUUCGCUCUCGCCGAGCAGCGCUACGAGGAGUACAAGCCGAUCCUGGAGGAGAUUGCCCGGCUGCAGGAGGCGGCGGGCGCAGAAGCAGUCGCCGCGAGGGCGUCGGCGCGGGCUGGUCUCGGCGCAGAUUCGCGCAACCGCCGAUAGAUCUCUCUCGCGAGCUGCAACGACGCACAUACCUG